GUCUCUGUGACCCAGGACUUCUUGCUGACAAACCUGCUGCUUCAUUUCCAUGCUAAUUUGCUGUCUUGAGUUUUUUAAAGCACCGCUGCUAUUUAUUAUGAAUAGGCUUUCUGGGUAAUCCUGUUGACAGAUCCCUGCAGAGCUGAUGUGUCGUGAAGGAAGGCCACGAAGCAUCCAAGAAGAGCAGCACUGAGCAGGGACGACACGACUCGAAGAGCAGAGCAGAGCAGAGCUGGGCGGACACUUGUGUCUUCUUCCUUCAACCAAACUCCGAAUAUUUCCAGACUCCACACACGCAGAGAGGGCCAUGGCAGAGCGAGUGCUAGUGGUUGGUAGUGGUGGACGUGAGCAUGCGCUGGCAUGGAAGCUGGCCCAGUCGCCACACAUUCAACAAGUCCUGGUGGCUCCUGGUAACGCAGGCACAGUGAACUGUGGGAAGAUUUGCAACUCAGAGGUGUCGGUGAGUAACCAUGCCAUCUUGGCUCAGUUCUGUAAAGAUCACCAUGUUGGACUGGUUGUGGUGGGACCUGAGGUACCGCUGUCAGCUGGUAUUGUUGAUGACUUGACUGCAGCUGGAGUGCCAUGUUUUGGCCCCUCUGGCAAAGCAGCACAGCUGGAGGCCUCAAAGAGCUUCUCCAAGGCAUUUAUGGAACGUCAUGGCAUUCCAACAGCUCGUUAUGGCUCCUUUACUGACCCCGAAGAAGCCUGCAAAUAUAUCCGCACUGCUGAUUUCCCUGCACUAGUAGUGAAGGCCAGUGGUCUUGCAGCAGGAAAAGGGGUGAUUGUGGCAAAAGACCAGGAGGAGGCGUGUCAGGCUGUGAUGGACAUCAUGAAGAACAAAGCGUUUGGAGCUGCUGGGGACACGGUGGUGGUCGAGGAGCUCCUGGAGGGAGAGGAAGUAUCAUGUCUGUGUUUCAGUGACGGCUCCUCGGUGUCUCUGAUGCCACCAGCUCAGGAUCACAAGCGCCUGCAGGACGGUGACCUCGGGCCAAACACCGGUGGCAUGGGUGCCUAUUGCCCCACCCCUCAGGUGAGCCAAGAGCUGCUGCAGCAGAUCAAAGAUAUAGUCCUGCAGAAGACUGUGGACAGGAUGAAAGAGGAGGGAACUCCUUUUGUGGGUGUGCUGUAUGCAGGCCUGAUGUUGACCAAGCAAGGGCUUAAAGUGCUUGAGUACAACUGUCGGUUCGGGGAUCCUGAGUGUCAGGUAAUCCUGCCACUGCUGAAGAGUGACCUGUAUGAGGUCAUUUUAAACACAAUGAAUGGAAAACUGGCCUCAGACGGCCCCGUGUGGCAUCAGGACAGCUCUGCAGUCACAGUGGUCAUGGCCAGCCCUGGAUACCCAGGGUCGUACAAGAAAGGCGUGGAGAUCACAGGCCUAUCCCAGGUUCAGGACAUGGGGCUGCAGAUUUUCCAUGCCGGUACAGCCCUGAAGGCUGGGGGAGGAGUGGUCUCCACCGGAGGACGGGUGCUUACAGUCACAGCAGUCAGUUCAUCCCUGGAAGCAGCCCUGGGAUUGGCCAAUAAGGGGGUGGCUGCUAUCAGCUUCCCGGGAGCUGUGUUCCGCCGUGACAUUGGCCAUCGGGCCAUAGCCCACAUAAAUCAGCAAAGAGGUCUAACCUAUAAGGACAGUGGAGUGGACAUCGCUGCUGGUAACAAGCUGGUGGAGAUGAUCAAACCUCUGGCCAAAGCAACUUCUCGCCCUGGAUGUAACGCAGACCUGGGGGGCUUCGCUGGUCUGUUUGACCUUAAACUCGCAGGAUUUGUUGAUCCCAUCUUGGUGUCUGGGACAGAUGGUGUAGGAACUAAGCUCAAGAUUGCUCAGGCCCACAGGAAACAUGGCAGCCUGGGUCAGGACCUUGUCGCCAUGUGUGUGAAUGAUAUACUGGCUCAGGGCGCCGAACCGCUAUUUUUCCUGGACUACUUCUCCUGUGGCAGCCUGGAUGUAGAUGUGGCAGCAUCUGUGAUUGGUGGAAUUACCAACGCCUGCAAGAUGGCCGGCUGUGCUUUACUGGGGGGUGAGACAGCCGAAAUGCCUGGUGUCUACUCUGCAGGUGAAUAUGAUCUGGCCGGGUUCUGUGUUGGAGCAGUGGAGCGUGGCAACCUCCUGCCCAGACUCGGUGACAUCACAGAGGGGGACCUGCUAAUAGGACUGGCCUCUUCAGGAGUACACAGCAACGGUUUCAGUCUGGUCCGCAAAAUUCUGAAGAAGUCUGGUCUCAGCUUGAGCUCCUCUGCUCCCUUUGACAGUGCAGGACAGACCGUUGGCGAUGUUCUUCUUACACCAACUAAGAUCUACACCAGCCUGCUACCACUGUUGCGCAGUGGUACUGUAAAGGCCUACGCUCACAUCACUGGGGGAGGGCUCUUGGAGAACAUCCCCAGAGUGCUGCCCCAGAAGCUGGCAGCUGAUUUAGAUGCUUCUCAGUGGAGAAUCCCUCCAGUGUUUUCCUGGCUUCACAAGGAGGGCAGCCUGAGUGAGGAGGAGAUGGCGCGCACCUUUAACUGUGGGCUGGGGGCAGUGCUGGUGGUCGCACCUGAGCGCGCUCCGGGGGUUAUACGUCAGCUUCAAACCAAUGAUGAGGCCUGGAUUGUAGGCUCACUGGCCAACAAGCAGCCCGGGUCAGAGGCAGUUGUGGUUCGUAACCUGAAUGACAGCCUGCAGAAGGCAAGAUCCUCCUCCAGUGGACAGGUGGGGGUCGAGCUAAAUAAUGCCUCCCACUGUGACAUAAUCACACCAUGUAAAAGGAGCAGAGUGGGUGUUCUCAUCUCUGGCACUGGCACCAACCUCCAGGCUCUAAUUGAACAGGCCAAGCAGCCGUCGAGCUCAGCCGAGAUUGUGGUUGUCAUUUCCAACAGGCCUGGAGUUGAGGGUCUGAAGAAAGCAUCGCUAGCUGGCAUUCAGACACGGGUGGUUGACCACAAACUUUACGGAAGUAGGGCCGAGUUUGAUGGAACCAUUAACCGUGUGCUUGAGGAGUUUGGGGUGGAGCUGGUGUGUCUGGCUGGAUUCAUGAGGAUUCUCACUGGAACAUUUGUCAAAAAGUGGAAUGGAAAACUACUGAACAUCCAUCCAUCUCUGCUGCCAUCAUUUAAGGGAGUGAAUGCCCAAAAGCAGGCCCUGCAGGCUGGAGUGCGUGUUAGCGGCUGCACGGUCCAUUUUGUAGCGGAGGAGGUCGAUGCAGGAGCCAUAAUCGUGCAGGAGGCUGUGCCUGUAUUGAGCGGAGACAGUGAGGAAAGUCUGUCUGACAGAAUCAGAGAAGCCGAGCAUCGAGCCUUUCCCGCUGCUAUGGAGCUGGUAGCCAGUGGUUCUGUUAGGCUGGGUGAGGAUGGACGCACAGUGUGGAAUUAAGUGCAAAAAUCCCACAGUUUAAAAUUCCACAUUUCCAACAGAACAAAUGUUAACAAUGUUAGACUGAGGUGCACUUGUCACCGUUCCACCUGUUCUGUCUUACGAUCAUUUUGCUCCACUACAUUCCAAUGAGUUACUUACCAAAAUGCCCUGUUUAUAGUGUCUUUGUUUAAAAAAAAGCAUGAUUAUCAGGCUUUAAUGGAAUUUAGAUCCUGUUAGAUUAAUAAAACAUUGAAAGUA